AUGAGUACAGAAACAAGUAUAGCACCUGGGCCUUUGAGCCAUUACAGAAAACAGGCCAAAUUUUGCUGGAAAAAAAUGAAACAUUUUAUUGAAGAUCCAGAACUAUUACAAAUAAAGAUGACAGUGUGGCAAACCCUAGAAAAAGAUCCCGUUUUCAAAAGACCUGUAGAACUAUUAAGCACAGAAGAAAUGAAAAGAAGAACUGCCAUACAGUUAAAUAAAUAUUGCCAGUACAAUUUUUUGGCACCGGAAACUGCCAAUUUCCCAUACAAAAGAAAGACCAGGUUUAUGAUGACAGUAAACGAAGCUUUAGCAGUAACAUACCCCGAUGUUUCAGUGAAGCACGCCAUUGGCAUCGGUUUAUUCAAAAAUACGCUAACCACCUUGGGCACAGAAAGGCAUAAGCACAUAUUGGAUGCAGCGUGGAAUAAUAAAGUUUUAGCUUGUUUAGCCCUAACAGAAGUAUCGCAUGGUAGCAAUACCAAGCAAAUGCGCACAAGUGCGACUUUCGACAAGGAAAGGCAAGAGUUUGUGAUAAACACGCCAGAUUUUGAGUCGGCGAAAUGUUGGGUAGGGAAUUUGGGAAAAAGUUGCACAAUGGCAAUAUUGUUUGCACAACUUCAUACAAAUGGACAAUGCCACGGAUUACAUGCUUUUAUAGUUCCAAUAAGAGAUCCGAAGACUUUAAUACCAUACCCUGGGAUUACUGUAGGAGAUAUGGGGGAAAAAAUUGGCUUGCAUGGUAUAGAUAAUGGUUUCAUAUUGUUCAAUAACUACCGAAUACCCCGAGAAAACCUCCUGAACAAAACAGCCGACGUUACCCCUGAAGGGGACUACGAAAGCAGUUUUUCCGACCCGGGCAGGAUCCUGGGUGCGGCCCUGGAAAAUUUGUCCACGGGUCGCGUGGGAAUCAUGCAGGAAUCCUCGAAUAAUCUCAUAUGUGCGGUAACGAUAGCUUUACGGUACGCGGCGAUAAGAAAACAGUUUGCUCCUAAUGGAGAUGGAAGUUUGAAUAAAAAUGAAUUGCCUUUGAUUGAGUACCAAUUACAUCAAUGGAGGCUGUUUCCACAUUUAUCAGCUGCAACAGUAUUAAGGAUUUUUGUUAAUUGUUUUACUGAAGAUUAUUUAUCAGUGGUUGAGCAAACCACUUCCUCAGAUAAAAUACAAGAUUUGAGCGACAUGGUAUCAGAAAUCCACUCCCUGGUAUCAAGCGCCAAACCUCUUAUAACCUGGUCGUGCAGAGACGCGGUCCAAGAAUGUCGCGAAGCAUGCGGGGGGCACGGAUUUUUAAAAGCCUCACGUUUAGGGGACAUUCGUAGUAUAAACGACCCAUGCGUUACAUACGAAGGGGACAACAAUGUGUUGGUACAACAGAGCAGUAAUUGGCUGCUGAGGCAAUGGCAGAGUUUAAAGCAGGACAACAUUUUGUCCACCCCACUUGGAAGUUGCGAUUUUUUGAAGAAUCACGAAAGAAUCAAUAAGAAGUUUGGUUUUACUAGUCCAACACAGCUGUUGUCUGUUGAAGCAAUAUCACAACUAUACGAAUACCUCAUCAUCCAUUUGAUAAAGGAAACGGAGGCAAAACAGCUAGAAGUACUAUCAAAAACCAAGUGCAAGUUCACCGCAAGAUGCGAAACUCAAGUCUACCACGCCGCAGUUUUAUCCAGGGCUUACAUCGAAUACAACGCUCUAAAAUACUUCUGGAAACACAUCUCCAAAUCGCAUCAAUCGCUAAGAGAGACACUGAACAAUUUAGGUUUUCUCUAUGGUUUGAAUUGUUUGGAGAAGCAUUUACUGUAUUUCUAUCAAGGAGGAUAUGCUACGGGGCCGGAGUUGGCCACAUUUGUCAGAGAAAAUAUUUUGAGUUUGUGCGCAAAAUUAAAACCCGACGCUUUGGGAGUUGUUGAUGCCUUAGCUCCACCAGACUUUGUGGUGGAUUCGGUUUUAGGAAAAUCCGACGGAAAGUUGUAUGAAAAUCUCCAAAAUCUUUUCUUCCACAAUCCAGGAGCCAUGUCCAGACCAGCAUGGUGGUCGGAAAUAAUAAUCCCAAAUGCUCCAGAUUUUAAACAAGUAAAAAGCAAGCUGUAA